UGCUGCUGCCAGUCUGACAGUUUUCUCGCCCCACUCCGCUUGCAGCAUGGCUCAAGUGGAGGAGAACUACACUGAAGUCUCAGCGUUUAUUAUCGUGGGCUUCCCAGGUCUCCAGCUGGAGUAUUUUCACACGGUGGCAUGGUUUUUGUUCAUCCUCUAUGUGACCACAGUGGUGGGAAACCUGGUGUUGGUGGUGAUGUUUGCUCUGGAGCACAGUCUCCAGAAGCCCAUGUACAUCAUCAUGGUCAGCCUGGCGCUCUCAGACAUUGGCUUUACCACAGUGGCUUUACCAAAACUUAUUGCUCGCUACUGGUGGAAUGAUGCGAGCAUUGGCUUUUACACAUGCCAUUUCCAAAGACACAUGAUCCACUAUUUUGGGAGUUUGAACUCCAUGAUUAUGCUGACCAUGGCUGUGGAUCGGUAUCUGGCCGUCUGUUUUCCUCUCAGAUAUCCCAUGCUUAUGACGGCCCCGACUAUGACAAUCCUGACAGUUUUCUCCUGGUUAGUGGCACACGUCUUCCCUGGUGUCACCUCCAUUAACUUUACCCAGAUAUCUUUUUGUGGGUCUAAUGAAAUCAUACAGGCUUUUUGUGAAACUCUAUCCCUUACCGCUCUUGCAUGUGGGGAUAAAAGUUAUCUGUCCUGGGCUUCAUAUGUCACUGCAAUGUUUAUCCUUCUUGUUCCUUUGGGCUUUGUGAUUUUCUCCUACUUUUUCAUCAUAAUCUCAGUCUUUCACAUGACCAGCGGACAGGGCAGAAGGAAGACCUUAUCGACGUGUGCCACCCAGGGCUUCAUCAUUUCAAUCUACUACAUACCACGCUUCUUCGUCUACUCCGCACCACACGUUCCUAACAUGCAGAUGACCCCGGACAGCCGAAUAGCCACAACCUUUUUCUACAGCUUCUUCCCUCCGCUCAUAAACCCGUUUGUGUAUUGUCUGAGAACCAAGGAGAUCAAGGCGAUAUGGAGCCGCUGGGUUCAGAGGCUACAGGUUGUUCAGCCCAAGUCCAGCAAAACGGCCGAUGUCCCCAAAGUAAAAUGAAAAACUUAAACCAUCUUUUUUAUUUAAUGCAUCUUUCUGUAAUAUGUUAUUGCUACCACCUUGGUUUCCCAGCAUUCUAUCACUUGUCUCUAGAAAAGACGAUUAUUCGCUCAUAACUUUAAGUUUUUGAAAGGUGAAGCUCAAUAAUCCGUUGGGUUCCACACAGUCCCAGA